AUGCCGAAGAAGCGUGGUGAAGGCGUCGAAAGCUCGACGAAUGAUGCUUCGGCGUCGAUGAGCAUCGCCGCGACCGUGUCCAGCUGCAGGGGCCGGAAAAGAACCAUCGCCACAUCGCCGAUGGUCUUCUCGCCUACUGUUUUGCCCGCCGCCAAGAAGUCGAAGACCCUGAAGUUCGGGUUCGGCCCCGGCUGGAUGUUGCCCGACGCCGACAAGUACGAGGUCAGCCCGAAGAUUCGCGCUCUAACAGCCAUGCUCGCCAUCGAGGGCCCGAAGCAAGUCCUGUGCCGCCAGAUCGCCGAGACGGAGCCGAAUUGUGUGGCCGUCCAUUCGAACCCGGCCGGCCGAGCUGGCGAGCUUCGCGGCGUGAUUUCGAACGUGGUGAUGCUGAUGCCGGAUCUGAAAAAACUCUGGGUACACUUUGGCCGGGAGAUCUGCGAGACGGACUGCCUGCUCGACGUGAAGAUGCCCGCCAUCGUCGUCUACAUGGCAUUGAUGAAUCAAGUACCAGCCGAUGGGUACAUCAAAUACGAGCCAAACCCCGAGCUGAUCGAGCAGUUCAAGAAUACGAUGAUCCCCACAUUGCAAGCCAUCAUAACGCAAUGGGAGAAGCGCCAGCGCGACAUCGACUGCAUCGUCGUUAACGCGCGGCGAACGACUUCCGGCGGCAACCCUGGGGCCGAGUGGGCAGAUCUCGACAAAGGUUUG